GUUCCUACAUACAAGUCCAACAGUUGAAACCAAACCAAACCGGUACGGCCAGUUUAGCUCCCGUCGUUACAAAUGGCGGCCUUUCUCGGAAUAGUUCGUCCUCCUUUUCAUACACUCUUCUCUAUAACCCGUUCCACUCGCCAAUUUUCUUGCACCAGUAAUAAUUCAAUCUUAAUUUCAACAAAAAGGAAAUCUCAAUUCAAAUCCGUCUUCACUGCUUUUCUUCAUUCCAGUUCUACAAGUUCGCAAAAUGGAGCUGAGGUAUCUGCAAACCAAUCUGAGAUAAUAUUUAUCGGAACCGGUACAAGUGAAGGAAUUCCACGAGUGAGCUGCCUCACUAACCCCUUGAAGACUUGUCCUGUGUGCACUAAAGCUACUGAACCGGGUAACAGAAAUAGGAGAAUGAACACUGGCAUCCUUGUUCGCCAUACCAGGCCCUCUGGCAACUGUAACAUUCUUAUAGAUGUCGGCAAGUUCUUCUACCAUAGUGCUCUGAGAUGGUUUCCUGCUUAUGGGAUAAGAACAAUUGACGCGGUCAUUAUAACUCAUUCUCAUGCUGAUGCAAUAGGAGGUAUGGAUGAUCUUCGCGAUUGGACUAACAAUGUCCAGCCCUCUGUUCCUAUUUAUGUGGCCAGUCGUGACUUUGAGGUGAUGAAGAAAACUCACUAUUAUUUGGUAGACAAAAGUGGUAUCAUUCCGGGAGCUGCAGUCUCAGAGUUGCAAUUUAACAUCAUAAAGGAAGAUCCAUUCGUUGUACAUGAUCUUGAGAUAAUUCCUUUACCAGUGUGGCAUGGCUCUGGUUAUCGUUCUUUGGGCUUUCGAUUUGGGAAUACUUGUUAUAUCAGCGAUGUAAGUGAUAUACCCGAGGAAACUUACCCGCUUCUGCAGGACUGUGAACUCCUUAUCAUGGAUGCUUUGCGGCCAGAUAGAUCUUCCUCAACACAUUUUGGCCUUCCAAGGGCUCUGGAUGAAGUGCGGAAAAUCAAACCAAAAAGAACACUUUUCACUGGCAUGAUGCAUCUCAUGGAUCAUGAAGUAGUAAAUGAAAGGCUACUGAAACUGAAGGAGACGGAAGGCAUCGAUGUGCAACUUAGCUAUGAUGGGCUUCGAGUACCAGUGAGCUUGCAGGCUUUCAGGUCUGACUCGACAAACCUGGCUAUUCUUUCUGAAUAAAUGAAGAUCGUUCAGAAUUUUGCAUCACAAUUCUUUGGGGCCAAUGUGGAGGCCCCGCUAAUUCUUGCAUAUGCAUAUUUUAAUUUCUGUUAUAUGGGAGGAAAACAACUACACUUUGUUUACCAAAAACAAUUUACGAGCACAAAUUGGAGAUGUUAUUUUGAAUCGGAAGAUUGAUCUAGGAUUUUAAGUGGGCGGUUGCAAAAUACAAUUGCAUCCACGAACAUUAUUAUUUUGUGAUGGUGUAUGCAGACUGCAAACUCAAUAUGAAUAUAUAAUUUCAAGAAUAUACAUUUUGAGCUCUUUCA